CUGGCGGCGGUGCUGCGGGCCUCGGCGGGGCCAGUGCCGGCCGAAGUGGACGCCGAGGCCUGGCUGCGGUUCUACGGCUACCUCCCGCCGUCCAGCCGCCAGAUGUCCACCCUGCGCUCAGCGCAGAUCCUCUCCUCCGCCGUAUCCGAGAUGCAGAGCUUUUACGGCAUCCCCGUGACGGGCGUCCUGGAUGAAGAGACAAAAGUGUGGAUGGAGCGGCCCCGCUGCGGAGUCCCCGAUAAGAUUGGCGCCCAAGUCAAGGCCAACAUGCGGCGGAAGCGGUACGCGCUGACAGGCCGGCGGUGGAGCCAGACCCUGCUGACGUUUAGCAUCCAGAACUACACGGAGAAGUUGGGGCUGUUCCACUCCUACGACGCUGUCCGGCGAGCAUUCCGAGUGUGGGAACAAGCCACCCCGCUUGUCUUCCAGGAGAUCCCCUACGACGAAAUCAGGCACAAGAGGAGGAAGGAGGCGGAUGUCAUGGUGCUCUUUGCCUCUGGAUUCCACGGGGACAGCUCCCCCUUUGAUGGGUUGGGGGGCUUUCUGGCGCAUGCGUACUUCCCUGGUCCAGGAAUGGGAGGGGACGCCCACUUUGACCUGGAUGAGCCCUGGACGCUGGAGAAUGCUGACGUGUCUGGGAACAACCUCUUCCUGGUGGCUGUCCAUGAGCUCGGCCACUCGCUAGGCCUGGAGCACUCCAGCAACCCUGACGCCAUCAUGGCUCCUUUCUACCAGUGGAUGGACACGGAGAACUUCCAGCUGCCAGGCGAUGACCUUCAGGGCAUCCAGCGGCUCUAUGGUGCUCCCGGGGGGCAACCUCAACCUACAAAGCCCCUCCCUACCGUAGUGCCCAGAAAGCCAGGGCUCAAGCCCCCCAAGCCCCCACCUCCUGGCAAGCCGGCCCGGCCCCCCAGGCCAGGCAACCCCGACCAACAUGAGCCCAACAUCUGCGAUGGGGACUUUGACACAGUGACCGUGCUGCGUGGGGAGAUGUUCGUGUUCAAGGGCCGCUGGUUCUGGCGAGUCCGGCAUAACCGAGUGCUGGACAACUACCCUAUGCCCGUUGGGCAUUUCUGGAGGGGCCUUCCUGGGGACAUUGAUGCUGCAUAUGAGAGGCAAGACGGGCGAUUUGUGUUCUUUAAAGGAGAUCAGUACUGGCUUUUCCGUGAGGCAAACCUGGAACCCGGUUACCCGCAGCCCUUGACCAGCUAUGGGCUGGGCAUUCCCUAUGACAGGGUGGAUGCUGCCAUCUGGUGGGAGCCUACGGGGCACACCUUCUUCUUCAGAGGAGACAGGUAUUGGCGCUUUAAUGAGGAGAGCCACACUGCGGAUCAAGGCUACCCAAGGAAAAUCAGUGUGUGGGCUGGCGUCCCGAACGCUCCCAAGGGAGCAUUUUUGAGUUCCGAUGCAACCUACACGUAUUUCUACAAAGGCCGGAUGUACUGGAAAUUUGACAACGAGCGUCUGAAAACAGAGCCCGGCUACCCCAAGUCCAUUCUGCGGGACUUCAUGGGAUGCCACGAGGAAGUGGCCGCAAACCCCGACCCCGGCCGCAGGUGGCCCGAUGGGGGCAAGCCCCCCUUCAACCCAGACCGCCCCGGGCAGGACAAGGAAGAGGAGGAGGAGGAGGAGGUGGCGCAGGAAGACCCCGCGGACACUCAGCCUGGGGAGGAGGAAGUGGAAGCGGACGCGGAGGCGGAUUAUGGCGAUGGCGUGGAGGGCGGGCGGGAGCAGGGCCCCGGCCGCGAUGGCGGCGGCAGCAACGACGUGGACAUUGUGGUGCACAUCAACGACUACCCGCUCACCAUGAGUGUCGUCAUGGCGACGGUGCUGCUGCUGCUGCUGCUGUGCAUCUUGGGCCUGGUGUACGUCAUCGUGCAGUUGCAGCGCAAGGGCACGCCCCGCCUGCUCCUCUACUGCAAGCGCUCGCUCCAGGAGUGGGUCUGAAGCCCGGCUGCCCCCGUGGGUGGCCCCGGGGCACCUUUCCCUCCUCCUCCACCAGGCGAAGUCCUGCCAAAGAGGGUGAGCGGGCGGCGCACGUGUCUGGCCUGGCUCUUCCCUCCAGGACCCGACGGACGACGUUGCUUUCCGCUUGGGAGAGCAGCUCUUGGGGGGCCCUGGGCUGGCCGCUCGCUCCCCCUCUUCCGUCCAAAGCAGACCUUGUGCCUUCCUGUAGAGGGAUGUUGGAGUGGGGGGCAGCGGCUCCUGCCUGAGUCCCUCCAUGCCUUUGUGCCUCAGUGAGGGCUGGGCUGCCGUAGAGACCCCUGCAGCCCCUCUCCCGGCGUUGACUGGUGGGGGCGGGAGGGCUGCUCUCUCCCGGCCUCCACGCCAGGCAGCCGCCUGCCUGCCCCAGCCACUCUGCCAGCCCCCGGCGUUUGGACAUGUGGCUUUCCCUUGACUUGUUGCCGGAGAUUUAAUCCUGUGGAUCUCAUCCCCUCGCCUGGGAUCUAGUACAACGUGCACAGUGGUCCAGAUGCAUAUUUGCCAGGAUGGACUGCUGGCUGACCAGGAUGAGGAGGGCGCUUGCCCGGUUGGAUCUGCCCGGCCCUCCCGCGCAUGUGCUCUGGAGCCUGUGAGCCGACACCUGUCUCUGUCUUGUGCUACUCCCAGAGGAAGCGGUUUGUCACCUCCGGAGGCAACCGGCUCGCUUCCUACCCAAACGUUUGCUUGCUCCAAUGAGCCUCAUGGACCAGGCGCCCGCGGGCCAAGGCUGCCGGCGGGCCACGCGUGAGCCACUGACACCCUGAAAUGCUUGACUUGGGCUUUGUAAGCGUCUGACCUCUGCGAUCGCCGCUUUGGCUGCAGAGCAACACAUAGCAAAUGUUUCUACUGUAAUCUUUUACUACUACUGAAAUCUCUGGAGGCAGGUGUGGGCUGAGCGGGGCUCUUCCCAGGAGGGGCGCUUGGGGUCCGUGCCUGACUCCCCUUUCCGCCUCUCUGCCCGCUUCCGUUCCCCCGGCACUUCCUGGCUAUCUUGGAAGCAGGCCCUGGGGGGCAGGGCGCCCUGGAGGGAGGGGCAG